AUGAAGGACUUAUUAAGGCGCUCCAAUGGUCGUGCAUGUUUGGAAUACGACGAGCUAGAGGUUAGCCUUAUUGAGACCAAGAGAGUGGUGAACGCACGGCCACUUACCUACGUGGCGGAGGGGAGCGACGACCCGCUCCCCAUCACCCCGAACCAGUUUCUCAAUAAUAGGCGUUCGAACUGCACUCCGCCGGAGCCAGUCGUAAACCUCAUGGCUCCCGAUGCAACCAAUUUGAAACUGCUGGAAAUGGAUCGUCAACGUAGGGAGUAUGUCAGUGACAUCUGCGAGCGUUUCGUCACGGACUACCUACUCCAAAUCGACAAAUUCCACUGCAAGGGUGCACCCGGCCGCAAGAUCCGGGUUGGAGAAGUUGUCAUCAUUCACGAUGACAACACCAAGCGCCUUAUGCGGACGGUAAGAGUAGUGAAGGAGUUAAUCACUAGCAAGGACGGAUUAAUCCGCUCGGUUAUGGUCAAGACGCCGAACGGAAACCUUAUAAACCGCGCCAUCCAAUCGCUACACCCCUUGGAGCUACGUGAGGACCAGCCAGAAGACGUCGAGGUUCCACCUGCACCGGAGCCGGAACCAGAAAGGGCACCUCCAUCCGUGUCCGCCGCGGAUCCCGUCGAGCAAGAAGAGCCGUGGACCACGGGGUCUGGUGGGGAGUGUGUUAGGAAUACGGUGUAUUCCCAACAGCCGACGACGCGAGCUGGGUGA